AUGGAGGAGUACAUGCUUCCGAGUAAAUGGAACUCUAAGCAAGAUCACAUGGUUUGCACGAUUCAGCUUUUGUUCCAAACCGAGAUCAAUCUCUUGCUCGCCAAGCAUUUAUCCUAUUCAUCAGAUACGCUUCCUGCAACACAGUCGUUGUCAGCUUAUGGAAUCCGUUUAGCCAAUUCACAAGACGAUGGUGCAUAUCUGCAGAUGAUAUUCGAAUCUGGUAGGAACAACUAG